AUGUCUCCCAAAGAAAAGUGGAAGCGGAAGUUUCCGGAGUUGGGAUACACCUCAACUCCACGUCGUAGUGAAUACUGUUUGGCUACAAAUUCAACAGAUUUUACACAAGACACGGGUUAUGGCACUAGCUCUUCGAUUGUUCAGAGCCCUAGUGGUGCUGUAGAUAUAGGCGUAUUUCCUGACAGUUUUGAUGAAGAUAGAUGUUCUAGCGUUAGACAAUCCCUACGGGGUAAACAACGUGUCGAUAUAUUGUUGGCGCUCAUGUCAUUUGAGAAAUCUGGAUAUAUACUUGAGAAAAUACUUCGAUAUCUCGAAUUUAAUGAUUAUCUCGCUGUACUGUGUGUAUCCAAAGCUUGGAACUCUUUAAGUUGGCGUUUUCCUCAAAUAUUUAGUUUGAAUAAGAAGCAUGCACAAGCAGAGGGAAAUCACGUUAAACAGUUCGCGAGACGUGAAUUCUCUCGUAAACCACUGAGUAUGGUCAACUUGCAUGGAUCUUUCAUGUCUACUGAUAGGCCGUAUGAUUUCAGUACUAAGGAGUUUCUACACGCGUGUCCUAUAUGCUCUGGGGUUGCAUUCUAUCGACCCAGUGAAUGGCCGAAUCGUUUACACUGUCAAGCUUCAGGUUGUGGUGUUUCAGUUUGUUAUGAUUGUCAAAGAGAACACUCACCUAGUGAAAAAUGUCACAUAAAAUCAAGCUCAUCAUCGAAAAGAUUAUCUCCAAUUAAAGUACCGACAUCACCUGCUCGAAGUCCUCGAUCUCGUGAUCGAAUUACAAAGACUAUUCUUCGUCGUCUAUGA